CAAAAACCAAGUCGCGUUCCAGGAUCCAAAGCAUCACUCAAAGCACAUACCUGUACAUAUGAAUUAACACUUAGGCAGAGACUCCCUCGCAAUAACUUAUAGCAUCCAGCACUUUUGUGUCCUUCUCAAGAUCGAUCAUUAAACGCUCGUAGCUUGUCACAUCAUGCCGACCUGCACCGACUGUGGUGGAACUGUAAUCGAAUACAACGAUGCGGCUGGAAAUGGCUUCUGUGUAAAAUGUGGUACCGUUGUGGAAGAAAAUACCAUCGUGAAUGAAGUUACCUUCGGGGAGACUUCUGCUGGAGCGGCUAUGGUGCAGGGAUCCUAUGUUGGGCAGGGAUCAACUCAUGCGCGUAUGAGCGGCCCCUUCGGUAACCGCGGGAGUAGCGAAUCCCGAGAGCAGACUAUAGCAAAUGCAAGUCGGAAGAUUCAAAGCUUUGCCUCUGCUUUACGCCUUUCUGAUAUUGUUGCUCUAGCAGCUACGAGGCUGUAUACCCUCGCAGUGGAGCACAAAUUCACGAAGGGACGAAAGAGCAUAAAUGUAGCUGCGGUCUGUCUGUAUGUUGCAUGCAGGCAGAAGGAGACGCGUAAUUACAUGCUCAUUGAUUUCUCAGAUCUCUUACAGGUGAAUGUCUUCGAGCUCGGCCACAUAUACCUCCAGUUGGUCCAGACUUUGAACCUACGACUUCCUGUCGUAGACCCAUCCCAUUAUAUCUCCCGGUUCUCCGCUCUUCUUGAGUUCGGCGAUGAGACUCACAAGGUUGCAACCGAUGCUGUGCGCCUCGUACAACGCUUUGACCGCGACUGGAUGACGAGAGGUCGUCGCCCAGCGGGUAUAUGCGGGGCUGCGCUUCUGCUGGCGGCUAGGAUGAACAACUUCAGGCGCUCCAUCGAAGAGAUUGUUCAAGUGGUGAAGAUAGCUGAUACCACACUGAAGAAACGGUUAGAGGAGUUCCGGAAAACGCCGAGUGGCUCACUCACCCUGGCAGACUUUCGUACCGUAUGGCUUGACGAGGAGAUGGACCCUCCCGCAUUUACGGAAGGGAAGGAUAAGGAAGAACGAGAAAGGGAUAUAGCUUCUGGCAACGUUUCAAUACAGCCUAUCGAAAAGAAGAAGAAGAAGAAACGAAAAAAACGAGUGGAUAGCGACGAAUCCGAAGCCGAGAACAUGAAUCCACCUCUGCCUGAGACAAAUAUGCCCAUGAUUGAUCCCGCUCUUUUCAAUCAGGGCAUUCUUGCUGGCACAAUAGCUCCUCCACCUCUAUUCUACCCAGACGAGGAAGAUGCUGAACUUAGCAACAUUGACCCUGCGUUGCGCCAACCUGGCGCUGCACCACCCACGACAACAGAGCCACGAUCACAGCUUGAGGAGAAUGUUAACCAAGCCCUGGCGGAAGAAGUCUCGAAUUUCUUGCAGAACUCACAAGGUUCCUCGCUCUCUGCGGCAUUGCAAGAAGCCGAGGAGCGCCGUCUUGCUCAGUUUACCGAGGUUGACGAGCUUAUGAACCUGGAUGAAGAUGAACUGGACGGAUUCAUCUUGAGCGAAGACGAAGUCAGGCUCAAGGAGCGAAUCUGGGUGGAGAUGAACCGUGAAUAUUUGGAAGCACUGGCAGCCAAAGCGGAGCAACUUGAGAAGGGUACGACCACUGUCAAGACGCGGAAGAGACGAAAAACAAACACCAAGCCCCGAGACGCAUCGACGCCUUCGGGCAGCACUGCUGCUGAGUCGGUUCAGAAUCUAAUCAAGAAAAACUCGAGGUACAGCAAGCGGAUAAACUACGAUGCGCUCAAAAACCUCUUCGUCGACCAAGGGUCAGGGUCCGGAUUCGAUAACAAGGACGACGAUUUGUACAGUAUGGACGAAAAAGACGACAACGAGGGUAUGAUCGUCAUCGAAGAGGGCGGUGGAGUUAUUGGGACUAAGAGCCAGCAGACAUCACGUCAUGGCAAGGUUAACGUCCGUGAUGACACUGAUGAUCAGGAUGCACAUGCGAAUGAUGAAGAUGGAGACGCUAGUGACAAGGGCGAUGAAGAUGAAGUUAUAGAUAUAGGAUGGGAAGAUGCAUACGAGCAGGAGGUGUGAG